GUUCUUUCAUCCGUGGUACUAAAUCACUUAAAUUAUAAUUUCUUGCACGGCGACACACGCAUUGGAAUCACUACUCAAUGUCAAUGGUGCUUUACUUGGUCACGAAGAGUAUCAUUACAGCCAGUAUGCAGUAAAAUAGAACUGAGAUAAUGUGUACUGCAUUCAUUAUCAGCCUCAUUCUGAAGCAGCCACCUCAUCUUUUUCUUUUCUUUAAACACCCGCCAUAUAUAUUUAUUUGAAUCCUAGUGCUUUUACUCGUGGAAGUUCUGUUCUGACAACAAUAAUUUUUUUCUUUUUUCUGAAGUUUUUAUUUUGUGAAAACUAUAAUGUAUUUUGAGGAACCUAAAAGUAAUAAUUGCAUCUAUCAAAAACAGCUAAUUAUACAGCAUCCUCUAUUUCCCUUUUGGACUUGCAGUGUGCAAGGAUCCAUUCGAGUCAAACCUGGUGUCAUUAUGCAUAAUAUAAUAUCUCCAUCUGGUGCCCAGUGUGACCUACAUAAUCAGCAUCAUAUUAGAAUUCCAUCAGUCGGCUAAAAGCCAAGAGAAUCUUUCUUAGUGCUAUAUAAACCUUACUUUCUGUUCUCUCUGCAUUUAUUUUUCUUCAAAUUUAAAUAUUAUCACAAGUGAUUCAUAACCUGCAACUGAGUUUGGGCAAAAGCAGCGUGUGAGGAUGAAGCUAUUGAGUUUCAGGCUUCAACUUUUGGUGGCAGCACUUCUGUGCUUUUGUUACAUGCAUGUGAUAGCAGGAGUAAAGAGCUCGCAAUCCAAGAACACUUACAUAAUUCACAUGGACAAAUCCUAUAUGCCAGCAAGUUUCGAUGAUCACCUCCAAUGGUAUGAUUCCUCUUUAAAAUCAGUAUCAGAAUCUGCUGACAUGCUGUAUGAUUACAACAACGUAAUCCAUGGCUUUUCCACGAGGCUCACAUCUGAAGAAGCUGAAUUACUUGAAAAACAAGAAGGAAUUAUCUCCGUAUUGCCUGAAAUGAUAUACGAGCUGCAUACAACUCGAACUCCCGAGUUUCUUGGAUUAGGAAAGAGUGAAGCUUUCUUCCCUACAUCUGAUUCAGUUAGCGAGGUGGUUGUUGGAGUGCUAGACACUGGUGUCUGGCCAGAAGCAAAAAGCUUUGACGACACAGGUCUUGGCCCCAUUCCGCGUACCUGGAAAGGCGAGUGUGAGACAGGCAAGAACUUCAAUUCAUCAAGCUGUAACCGGAAACUGAUUGGAGCAAGAUUCUUCUCAAAAGGGUAUGAAGCAGCAUUUGGACCUGUUGAUGAGACAGUGGAAUCAAGGUCCCCCAGAGAUGACGAUGGCCAUGGAACUCACACUUCAACUACAGCAGCUGGGUCAGCUGUCUCAGGAGCUAGCCUAUUUGGUUUCGCUACUGGGAUAGCACGUGGGAUGGCCACACAAGCUCGUGUAGCAGCUUACAAGGUGUGCUGGCUUGGUGGGUGUUUUGGCUCUGAUAUUGUAGCAGCCAUGGAUAAGGCAGUUGAAGAUGGCGUGAAUGUCAUAUCCAUGUCAAUUGGCGGAGGACUUUCAGAUUAUUACAGAGAUAUUGUUGCAAUUGGAGCUUUCACAGCAACAGCACAAGGAAUUUUGGUUUCAUGUUCUGCAGGAAAUGGUGGACCAAGUCAGGGCAGUUUGUCCAAUAUUGCUCCUUGGAUAACCACUGUAGGCGCUGGAACCUUGGACAGAGAUUUUCCAGCUUAUGUAAGGCUUGGAAAUGGGAAGAACUUCUCAGGCGCUUCGCUUUACAGUGGAAAGCCAUUAUCUGAUUCAUUGGUGCCACUGGUUUCUGCUGGUAAUGCAAGUAAUGCGACAAGUGGUUCUCUUUGUAUGUCAGGUACUCUGAUUCCUACAAAAGUUGCUGGAAAGAUUGUGAUUUGUGAUCGAGGGGGAAACAGUAGGGUGCAAAAGGGUUUGGAGGUGAAAAAUGCUGGUGGGAUAGGUAUGAUUUUAGCGAACACAGAGUUGUAUGGAGACGAGUUAGUUGCAGAUGCACAUCUCCUGCCAACAGCUGCUGUGGGCCAAACUAGUGCUGAUGUUAUAAAAAGAUAUGCCUUCUCUGAUCUUAAGCCAACAGCCACUAUUGCAUUUGGAGGCACACACAUAGGAGUUGAACCUUCACCAGUUGUAGCAGCAUUCAGUUCUAGAGGCCCCAAUCUGGUUACCCCAGAGAUACUCAAACCGGACAUCAUAGCUCCAGGAGUCAAUAUACUAGCUGGUUGGACUGGUGCAGCUGGUCCAACAGGGCUAACAGAUGACACCAGGCGGGUGAGCUUCAAUAUCAUUUCUGGUACAUCGAUGUCCUGUCCGCAUGUCAGUGGGUUAGCCGCAUUCAUCAAAGCUGCUCACCAAGAUUGGAGCCCAGCAGCCAUUAGGUCUGCCCUCAUGACCACAGCCUAUACAGCAUACAAAAGCGGGAAAACCAUACUGGACGUUUCUACGGGGCAACCAGCAACACCAUUUGAUUAUGGUGCUGGACAUGUAAAUCCACUAGCGGCCCUUGAUCCUGGCCUUGUAUACGAUGCCACAGUAGAAGACUACCUAGGCUUCCUCUGUGCAUUAAACUACAGUGCCGCCCAAAUAAAGGCUGUCAUAAACAGAGAUUUCACCUGCGACCCAGCUAAGAAAUACAGUCUGGGUGAUCUCAAUUACCCAUCUUUCUCUGUUCCCCUUGAAACUGCUUCAGGAAAAGGAGGUGGUGCUGGCGUAACAAGCACUGUGAAGUACACCAGAACUUUGACUAAUGUGGGGACUCCUGCAACAUAUAAGGUUUCAGUGUCUUCAGAGACUCCAUCAGUGAAGAUCUCAGUUGAGCCAGAAUCACUCAGUUUCAGCGAACAAUAUGAGAAAAAGAUUUACACGGUAACAUUCUCUGCUACUUCUCUGCCAUCUGGUACAACCAACUUUGCUCGUCUGGAAUGGUCGAGUGGAAAACAUGUGGUUGGCAGCCCAAUAGCUUUCAGCUGGACAUAAAUCUCCAAAAAAGUUGGAUGGGUUAAUAUUAUUUACAGGACAUGGAGUGCCUGAAUUUAUGUAUAAUGAAUGUCUUCUACUUUCCCGUUCCAGAUUCCCAAUGUUCCAGCAACUGCUGAAGCAAAAGCCAGCCGUUGUGCUUGUAAUUUCUCUCUCAGAUGAUCAUAGGUCAAAGAAAAAGGAGGGAAAAAAAUAACUGUACAGAAAACCAGGCACAAAUUGUAUUUGAACUUAAAAGUGGAUUUGUAAUCAUAUCUCAUGCUUCUUAAAUCAAGGCUUGUACCCCUUAUGUCUUCA